GAGUGCCUUGGCUACAGCGAUACAGCUAGAGCUGCCCGGUCCAAUUCCUCUCAUCCCGUGGCCAGGGUGCACCCGGAGCAGGCACCGAGAGCGCGCACCGAGUGGCCGCUGGAGCCUGCGGGCCGGGCCACUGGUCCAGUCGCUGCUGCGGCCUCGUGUCCGGUGUUCCGGUCCGGUGUCCUCGGCGCGGAGUCUGCGUCAUCUCGCAUCCCGGACCCCAUGGAGCAGCUGCUGCGCACCGAACUGCGCACCGCGACCCUGCGGGCCUUCGGGAGCCCCGGGGCGGGCUGCAUCAGCGAGGGCCGAGCCUACGACACGGAUUCCGGCCAGGUGUUCGUCAAGGUCAACCGCAGGACGCAGGCCCGGCAGAUGUUUGAGGGAGAGAUGGCGAGUCUGGAGGCCCUUCGCAGCACUGGCCUGGUGCGGGUGCCUAAACCCAUGAAAGUGAUUGACCUGCCCGGAGGUGGGGCUGCCUUUGUGAUGGAGCAUUUGAAGAUGAAGAGCCUGAGCAGUCAAGCAUCAAAGCUUGGGGACCAGAUGGCAGACUUGCACCUUUACAACCAGAAACUCAGGGAGAAGUCCAAGGCUGGGGAGAACACAGUGGGCUGUGGGGCUGAGGGCGCUGAGCCCCAGGGUGUGACCAAGUUCGGCUUCCACACCGUGACGUGCUGCGGCUUUAUUCCCCAGGUGAACGAAUGGCAGGACGACUGGCCAACCUUUUUCACUCGGCACCGGCUCCAAGCACAGAUGGACCUCAUCGAGAAGGACUAUGCUGACCGAGAGGCACGGGAACUGUGGUCAAGGCUCCAGGUGAAGAUCCCCGAUCUAUUUUCCGGCUUAGAGAUUGUCCCCGCCCUGCUCCACGGGGACCUCUGGUCAGGAAACGUGGCUGAGGACGACCAGGGGCCGGUUGUUUACGAUCCCGCCUCCUUCUACGGCCACUCUGAGUUUGAAUUGGCAAUUGCGAUGAUGUUCGGCGGCUUCCCCAGGUCCUUCUUCACCGCCUACCACCGGAAGAUCCCCAAAGCCUCCGGGUUCGACCAGCGCCUGCUGCUCUACCAGCUAUUCAACUACCUAAACCACUGGAACCACUUCGGGCGGGAGUACCGGGGCCAGUCCCUGGGGGUGAUGAGAAAGCUGCUCCGGGAGCGCGCCGGGGCCCAAUAAAGCCGUGCGUGACGUCUGCACUGCC